GCCAGCGGGGCUCUCGGAGCCGGGUGGCUUCCCCUGGAGGAAAGCGACUCCCAGGAGGUCGUUCCUGCCUCUGCCCUCAGUCACCGCCACAGCCCGUCGCCCGCUGUCGGGCGGCAGGAGGUACCCCCCGAGAUGAGAACGCUCCCUGAGGCGCCGGGCGAGCAGGGGACGGCGCUCCCUGCUGCUCCCGGAAGCUGCCUCAGCCGGGGAGACGUGUCGCUGCCAUGGCGGAGCCGAGCCGGCUGGAGCAGCUGGAGCGGCGUGUGCGGGAGCUGGAAGAAGAGCUGGCCCGGGAGAGGGGCGGGCGGCGGGCGCCGCGGCCCCGCAUUGAGAGCAUGAGCCCGGAGGUGACGGACUCCAACCCCUACAGUCGCUUGAUGGCAUUAAAAAGAAUGGGAAUUGUCAAAGAUUAUGAGAAAAUCCGUACCUUCACAGUUGCAGUAGUAGGUGUAGGUGGAGUUGGCAGUGUGACUGCUGAAAUGUUGACAAGAUGUGGCAUUGGUAAGCUGCUUCUGUUUGAUUAUGACAAAGUGGAACUGGCAAACAUGAACAGACUCUUCUUCCAACCUCAUCAAGCUGGAUUAAGUAAAGUGCAAGCAGCAGAGCAUACUUUGAGGAAUAUUAAUCCUGAUGUUCAAUUUGAAGUACAUAACUACAACAUCACAACACUGGACAACUUUGAACACUUCAUGGAUAGAAUAAGUAACGGUGCGCUAGAGGAAGGGAAGCCUGUUGAUCUUGUGCUAAGCUGUGUGGACAACUUUGAAGCUCGCAUGGCAAUUAACACGGCCUGCAAUGAACUUGGACAAAUCUGGAUGGAAUCUGGAGUGAGUGAAAAUGCAGUGUCGGGACAUAUACAGCUGAUCAAACCUGGUGAAUCUGCCUGUUUUGCGUGUGCUCCUCCACUUGUAGUUGCUGCAAAUAUUGAUGAGAAAACGUUAAAACGAGAAGGAGUUUGUGCAGCCAGUCUUCCUACAACUAUGGGUGUUGUGGCAGGAAUUCUUGUACAAAAUGUUCUGAAAUACUUGUUAAAUUUUGGUACUGUGAGUUAUUAUCUUGGUUACAAUGCGAUGCAGGAUUUUUUUCCAACUAUGUCUAUGAAGCCAAACCCACAGUGUAGUGACCAAAAUUGCAGAAAACAGCAAGAAAAUUAUAAGAGAAAAGAAGCCGCACGACCAAAACAAGAAAUAAUUGAACAGGAAGAAGAAAUAGUACAUGAAGACAAUGACUGGGGCAUCGAAUUAGUAUCAGAAAUUUCAGAAGAUGAGUUGAAGGCUGCUUCUGGCCCAGUACCUGAUCUUCCUGAGGGCAUUACUGUAGCAUAUACUAUCCCAAACAAGGAAGAGAAUUUGAUAACUGAGGAAACGGUAGCAGAGUCUGAAGAAAGCCUAGAAGAACUCAUGGCCAAAAUGAGAAACAUGUAGCAAAACAAAUAUUAAGUACAAUGUUUGGGAGUUUGGAUUGACACUGGAUUUUGAGAAGACCAGGUUUUUAUUUUAUUUGCUUAUCUUUACAUUUCUAGUGAAACUGAACUGUUACAGAGGCAGGAAGGAAACAGCCUUAUGUUUUUUAUAUUCUGUUGUCUAUUCAUGUCUUUAAUGUAUGGAGUUUUGCUGCUGUAAAUUUUAAUUUCUCAGCAUUGCUAGUGUCCAGAUAUUCACUAGAAAAUAAAAGGAGAUGGGUAAACUAACAGAAGCAGGCAUAGCAUGUUAUAUGUAGUAUCACGUGAUGAGAGCAGUACAUAGUACAGGACAAGUAAAAGGUGAAAUCUACUGGAGUGACUGAGGGGUCAAAGGCAGAUGAUAGUCCCUCACGCUGCUGCUCCUUCUCUUCCAGGCACUUUUACUCGUCGUGGUAACGCAGAUCUCUGCAAAUACUUGGCAGGGAUCAUGCUGUGGUUACUUUUCCUGAGUAAACAGAACAUUUCAGCCUUUUCACCCACCUUAAAUAGCUGCCUGUAUGUUUUGUGUGUGGCAGUGCUUUGAGUAUGCUGCAACAAGGCUGGGCUUCUGUUAGUAGACAAUGAUAUUAGCAGGUUGGAUAGCAGCAUGUCACCAUUUCAUGACAAAAUCAGUAAAAAUUACCAGCACUACUGGAAAGAACAGGAGAUUUUAUCUAUCAAAAAAUCUAAAUAUUAUAUUUUUCUGAUCCAUCCCCAUCGUAUGGGCUAUAUUACAGCUUAUAUUUAAUCCAGAUUUGCUUAGGAAAGCUAAAAUUCAAUGCUCUAAACUUUGUUUAGUGUUGCAAAUAUCUUCAGUGGAGUAGCUAAGCUAUUUUAUCAGUCUUGUAAACAAUGUUAUUACAGUAGUAUUGCCUUUUAAAAUAUCAUGUGUUAAACUGACCUGCAUGUUCUGUAGUGUCACUACCCUGCAAUUUCAAGUUGCAGUAUCAAUUUCAAAUAUUUUACCUACUGUAGGUGUCUGAUCCAGAACUCGAUCAUUAUUUAGAUUUGGUUUAGAAGAAUUUAAGUUUCAGCCUUUGCAGCAUAAAGCAAAUAUUUCCAGCUUGGGCUGUUCAAAAAACCUUUUCCACAGCAUGAUGUGACCAGCACAGAACCAGUUAGUAAUGGUGGUAGCAGUAUCCAACCAACAUGUAAAAAGAGAGUAGUAUUUUGGAGGUGCUUCUCUUUCUCAGGGCAGCAGAUUGAAAACUUAGUUAAAAAUGUUUGAUUUCUAAGCAAUGGUUACAAGCAUCCAAAUCUGUUUCCUCCACAGGUGACACUAGAUUUACAUAAAAUCAUCUCUGAAUCUGUUGAGGGAGGUUUUGGGUGGGCUUGGGGUGUGGUGCAUUAUACUGUAAAAUGGAAGAGGUUUUUUGGACUGCGUUUGGUUUCGGAGAAGCCAGAUUUUAGAAAUGAACUGUAAAGAGGGAUGGGAAACGGAACAAUUAGAUCUUUAGAAAGGUACAGACUUGAAUCUGUGUCACCAAGUCUACGUUAGCUUCGUACAAGUGUCAAUGUAAGUGUUACUUAAAUUUCUUUGUUACUUUACACUUCUGUUGGGAACAAUAAAAGUGAGGCACACAGCUGCCUCUGGAGAUACUGAGGCAAACGGUUGACUCAUUUCAAAACAGCUCAGUUAAUCUUGACUCUUAACUAUUUGGCUGACACGGCUGCUAUCAGAUGAUUGACAGCUUUACAAAAGGUGACUGUUUACCAUUUUACUUCAUGUAUAGUUUUACGAGCAAAUAAAUACACUUUUGUAUGCCCAGAGUCUGUAAAAUGGUUCUUGUGUUACUUUCAGCUUGUAUAUGCAAUAAUAAUUUGAAAUAAUUACAAAAUACUUCGAGAAGAUUGUAUGUGCCAAUGGUUAAAAUUAUUGAAAAAUAAACAGUGUAAAAAACCCCCA